UUUAAAGUUGUAAUCUUGACAACAUAAAUACAAACAAAAAAGUGAGGUUAUGUGUAUUUGGUUUAAUAAAAAUGGAAAAAGAAAGCUUUAAAAAACCGGUUUUAAUAGGGAAAGUGGGAAAAUUCCCUAAAAAAGUUAUAAAUGAAGUUAAAAAAGAAACCCUCAAAAAUGAAAUAACCGAAAAAGAAGUGAUUCAAAAAGAAGAUAACCCUAUUAUCGAGAAUACUUCAUUAAAGUCACAACAACAAACAGCUGAGUUAUCUUAUAAAGAACCAGAUUGGGGUGGAAUCCCCGAUUGCGAUGAUGAAUAUGUUUUAGAGGUUUUAAAAUCGGGACAAAUAGUUGAAAGGAUUAAUUUGAUGAAGAAAAGUUUUACGGUUAUUGGUAGAUUAGAUGAUUGUGAUAUAACGAUGGCACAUCCUACUGUAUCAAGAUAUCACGCGAUAUUACAAUAUAGAAAAAUAGAAUCGGAAGAUAACCCAAAAGGAUUUUAUUUAUUUGAUUUAUCGAGUACUCAUGGAACAUUUUUAAAUAAACAAAAAUUAAAACCGAGGGUAUAUGGAAAAGUUUAUGUUGGUCACAUGAUAAAAUUUGGUUGUAGCACCCGAACUUAUUUAUUAAACGGACCGGAAUAUGACACGGAAAAUGAAGAUCCCUUAACUGUAACCGAAUUAAAACAAAAACGUAAAGAGGACAUUGAGAAGCGAAGGCUAAAAGAGGAGGAAGAUAAACGGAUGUUGUUGGAGGAGGAGGAGGAGAAACGGCGGAAAUUAGAGGAACGUGGGGUCGAUUGGGGGAUGGGGGAUGAUGCCGAUGAAGAAACCGAUUUAAGCGAGAACCCUUAUGCGCAAACUAACAAUGAGGAGCUGUAUUUGGAUGAUCCUAAAAAGGCUUUGAGGGGAUUUUUUGAACGGGAAGGUUUGGAUUUGGAGUAUGACUGUAACGAACAAGGCCCAGGACAAUUUUUAUGUAAAGUACAACUUCCGAUUGAUGACGAAAGAGGGAAAUCUAUUUUUGCUGAAGUUUUACAUAAAGGAAAGAAGAAAGAAGCUGUUAUUCAAUGUGCUUUAGAAGCAUGUAGGAUUUUGGAUCGCCACGGAAUUUUAAGGCAAGCAACUCACGAAUCGAGAAAGAGAAAAGCGAAAAAUUGGGAAGAAAAUGACUUUUAUGACAGUGAUGACGACACGUUUUUGGAUAGAACCGGGGUUAUUGAGAAAAAGCGGGAAAUUCGGAUGAAAAAUAAAGUCCCACAACAAGCAGAAACUUACCAAAGUCUCGCCGAAAAAGAAUUGAAAUUAAACGGUGACAUAAAAAGGAUAGAAACUCAACUCCUCGAAGCUGAAAACGAAGAAAAGAAUCGUAAAGACCACGAGGAAGGUGAUUCUUUGGAGACGUUUAUGAAAAAAUUAAAACGUUCGAAAGGUAUCGAUAAGGAGAAAAAGAAUAAGUUGAAAAUUGAGCUCCAACAAAUUAAAAAUGAAAUGGAACGGGUUAAAAAAUUAAUGGGGAUUGCAAAACCAACGAAUUUACCUGAAUUGGUGGUAAAAGAAAGUAAAAAGAAAGAUAAAUUACCUAUUUUUGGAAAAAGACUUAAAGUUAAAGUGAAUUUGCCUCAAAGAAAUGAGGAAAAAUUUGAUUUCCACGAAGAAAAUGAGAUUGAAAGUGAAAAUAAAAUUGAAGAAACCACAAAUAAAGAACUCGAAAAAGAAAUUGUAAAAGAACCCGAAAAUAAUCCUAAAACCGAAAAAGAUCAAAAAAAAUCAUCAAAAAGCAACUCAUUUAUUAAAGAUUGGAACAAAAUCGAAAUAAAUUUUUCGAAAACUUACCCGUUAAUGCCGCAUAAUCACGAAAGAUACGUUUCAUUAAUUUGGCAAAACUUAAAAAAAUUACAUCCCGAAUACUUAGAAGAUAUGAAAAACGACGUAAUAAAAAUCUUCGAAGAAUACUUAUCGAUUUCAUCAUCAUUAACGGGAAAUAAAUUCGCGAAUGACGUUGAUUUUAUAAUAACCGGUAUUAAAUUGGCAGAAAACGGCGCGGACAUUUCAAAAUUAGCCUCAAAGUUUUUAGAGUUAUCUCGUGAAAUAACCCAUUUAGUCAACGAAAAUGAAAAGGACGACGAUGAUGAUGAUGAUACAUCAGAGAUGAAAGAGGAUGAUUUUGAGGAAGACUAUGAUAUGUGGGUUCCCCCAGAAAAUCAAACCGGUGAUGGAAGAACGAGUUUAAAUGAUAAAUUUGGUUAUUAAAUAAAGUUUAAGAUAUUUUUUAAGGUUAUGUUACGAUUUGGGUUGUCACAAUUUUACAAAAAAUGCUAAAAUAAGGAUUUUAACUUCUGGAAAAUAGUAAUCCACAUAAUCGGAUACCUACAUUCAAGCGUGGUGGAAGUUUGGUGAUGAUAUUGGGACGUUUUUUAGCAGCAGGAGGCCGAAAUCUUCACUUUAUCGAUGGAAUACUGACUUUGAAGGGGUGUAUAAUUAUUAAAAAAAAAAUUGAGCAAUGUGCAACAAAAAUUGGGUUGUUUACGAGAUUUUAUCUUUCAACAGGAUAAUGAUUAGCUAGAUGUUAGAUUUUGGAUCAUGUACAACUGUCUAAAGCAACUCAAAAGCCAUUACAAAGCCCAGAUCUUAACCCUAUUGUCAAUAUUCAACAAGAAACUGAAAUAUUACGAUAUUAGAAACGUAAUUGACUCAAAAAUAACGUAGAAGACAGUGGAUUAAACAACCACUGCUGCCUUGGUUUCCUUCAAUGUUAAUUGUACAAGAUUAACCAAUUUCUGUGGGAUAUCCAGGAGUAACAGGUUCUGAAAGUUGUAAUGUUAGUUCUAGUUUUACAUUAGCACUAUUACUAGAACUAACACUGGACCUAGACCUAGAAACAUUCGG